AGGCCCGACCACCUGACCCGGCCCGUGGUCCAGGUAGCCCCGGCUCACUUCACGCCGCGCCAAUUAUUUCCUCCGCCCGCUUCGCCGUAGCGGCAGCUCACUCCCACCAAGCUUGGAAUCUCCCAUGGCCGCGACCACCUCCGCGUCCAAACCCUAGCGGGCGAGCACUAGCAAUCCGAUCCCCAGAUCCCCAUUUCGUGCGGCGCCUUUCACGUCCCAUGGCGGAGGGGACGCACCACACCAUCCGCCGCGCCGCCGCGCGCCCCCGCGGCUGGUGCUGCUCCUUCGCAGGCGUCCCGCAGAGUCCCGAGCAUCGAGCACUCCCGGCUUCCGCAGGAGGAGGUGGGGGCAUAAAGAAGCUCCCGCCCAAGUCCCCGUUGGCGCCGUCGUUCCACAGCUCGCCGUCGUCCAAGCUCGCGGGCCUCAUCGACCCCCGCAGGAUCCUCUCCCCGGGACGCGUGUCCCCCAUAGACCCCGAAGGUUCGCCGGCCGUGGGGGUUGCGGCGGCCGUGGAGGAGGAGGCGCCGAGGGAGCAGGCAGCGCUGGUGCCGUUCGUGGCGGUGCGGGAGGAAGAGGAGGAGGAGGAGGAAGGAAGAGGGCUGGAUCUGAGGCUGUGCCUGCGGGGGAGGGACGGGAGGUGCGUGGUGAUGGAGCUGGACUCUGCGGUUCUGUGCGAGAGCAGCGCCUUCUUCGCCGACAUGGUACCGGACGCAUCUGGAGGGGGCGGCGGAGGCAAGAGGAUCGAGGUGGAUGGGGUGGAGAACUUGGAGGCGUUCAAGGAGGCAGUGGAGCUCAUGUUCGAGCCUGACGCCAUGCGGUGGCUCGCCAGGGCCGGCGUGUCACGGGCAAUUGGUGUACUCGAGGUGUCCUCCUCUAUUGUGUUUGACAGAGGAAUUGAAUCAUGUUUGAAGUACAUCGAAGCAGUCCCGUGGAGUGAGAACGAGGAAGAGAAGCUGAAGAAUAUUUUUGCUAGAUGUACUUUAGAUGAAGCAAUAUCCAAAGAUGUGCUGGCAAGAUUACAACCACAAUGCAGGAGCAGCUCGGAGGACCUGAUAGUGCAGGUUGUUGAAUCCGUCACCAGUGGAACCAACAGCGGUGCGAGAAAAGAGAUGCAAUCUUUGGUCAGUGGUCUCCUAUGUAAAAGUUCAGUCUAUCAAAAGGACUUGUCCGGGCUAAACAAAGGGAGCCUUUACAAAAUCUGUCAUUCCUGUUUGAAUUCAGUUGUGGAACUUUUCAAGGAAGACUCAGAGCCAAUCGAGCAUGCAGAAGCAAUGAUAGCUUCGGGUAGUAAACCUAUGAUUGAAAGGGUCAGUAAGCAAACCGAGAAUCUCAAUUGGCUCUUCGACAUCCUUGUAAAUAAUGAUAUGGCAGAAGAAUUUGUUGAGUUGUGGGCUAAGCAAGACGAACUGAACAGAAUGCAUGAGCAAGCAUCACCGAUGUUCAGAUACGAGCUAAGCCGGAUAUCAGCGAGUGUGUUCAUCUCUCUGGGGAAAGGAAGAAUCCAAUGCUCCAGCGAUUUGAGGAGCCAAUUGUUCUGUGGGUGGUUCAGGCCAAUGUUAAUGGACUUCGGCUGGCUCCAAAGGUGCUCCAAAGGGCUAGAUGUGAGAAUACUAGAGGAGAAUCUGGGGCAAGCCCUACUCACCCUUCCACUUCAUCAGCAGCAGAGCUUAUUCGAAGAAUGGUUCCGGUGCUUUGCAUCUGGAGGCACAGAAUGCCCUAAUCUCAGUAAAGCUUUCCAGGUAUGGUGGAGACGGUCAUUUGUGAAAUCAUCUGUAGAGGGGCGUCGAUGAGAGUUUUUACAUGACUGCGAGGUAUAUGUGUUGCGUGUGUCAAUGUAAAAUUAGAGCUCUUGCAGUAUUUAUAGAUUCGAAUUUUGCUUCUUAAUAAGCUCAGCUGGUUCUUCCCGUUC